UAAUUGUUGAAUAUGGUGAGAAGUAGAUCCCAGAACUUCAUGCUUUUGCAGGUGGUUAUCCAGUUCUUGCAGCACCAUUUACUUGAAAACAUUACUCUUCCCUCAUUAAAUUAUCUUCGCACCUGUAUCAGUCAGGUUCUCCAGAAAGACAGAAACACUAAGAUAUAAAUAUAAUUACAGAAACAGAAACAGUUACGGAUAUGAGAGGGGAUUUAUUAGGGGAAUUGGCUUAUGUGAAUAUGGAGGCAAAGCCGACCCAGGACAAGCUGGGGAGCCAGGGAAGUCGGAAGCACGGCUCAGGCCAAGUCCAAAAGCCUCAGGACCAGGGAGGCGAUGGUGUGACUCUCAGGCCUGAGAACCUGGAGUUCUAAUAUCCAAGGGCAGGAGAAGAAAGUGUCCCAGCUCCACAGGGAGAGAGAGACAGAUAGACAGACAGACACACAGACAGACAGACAAAGAGAGAAUUCACCUUCCCUCUGCCAUAUUAUUCUAUCCAAGCCCUCAGCUGAGUGGACGUUGCCCCCUGCACCCUGCACUGGAUGGAGGUGGGCAGCCUGGGGACACAGUGAAUGGGACCCGGCUGGCCUGACCCUGCACUCUCACCAGGGGUCAGCGCCCACCCCUGCCCAGAGAGUCAGGGCCAGCUCACACCCUUGGGAGGCUGCUCAGCCUCUCUGCGGCAGCCCUUACAUCCCUUUUCCUCCAGGGGGCGACAUCGGGACACCGAAACACUUAGGGAAUUAAUUCCCCCAUGGAAAAAUCUAGCUUUGGCUGAGGAGGUAGAGAUGGAGUCUGAUUUCCAUCCCCUGCUCCAGUAGACCCUUCUGGUACUUCCCACAUGCCUGCUGUGUCCUGCUGGAUCCUUCCAGGGGCCUCUAGGUCCCUUCUCUGCCAGGGGUCCCUGUGCACUCACUCCUGGCACCCUCCAUGGGGAAGGUGGGGUGACCAUAGGAAGGUGAGCCGGACAGAGGGUAGAGACCACUCAGGACAGUCAGGGAGAACAUGGACAGGCCUGAGCCAAGGAACAGACACCAGACACAGAGAGGGAGUGGCUCCCUGAAGCCCUCCCCCAAGGACAGUGGACCCCAGAGGCCCCCCACCUCCCUGCACCACAGUCUUCUCUGCCCAGGACACCACCCCCCCACACCCAGGAGCUGCAGCCCCUCCUGACACUCCCAGACCUGGGGCUCUGUCUCUAGGUCACAGGAUAGGACAGUGACUCUGGAGAUAGAAUCAGCUGCCCUUUCAGGCCCCCAGAGCCUUCCCUGCCACCAGCCUGCCGGGUGUCACCCUGCUCCCCAGCGCACUAGGGAAAACCAGAAGACCUGGAGCCCAGCUGACUUUCUGUGUUGCAAAGAGAAAUAAACCCCGGUCUGAUCCACGGGCUCUCUGUGUGGCGCUGACAGACCCAAAGCCAAGACACAGGUCAGUGCUGGGGAGAGAGGAUCCAAUCAGCCUUGCUUCUCAAAGUGUGGACUGCAAAAGCAAAACACAGACACAGGGAAAGGAGGAGGAGGGACAAGGAGGCAGGAUUGAGAGGGGAGGGGACAGGGAGGUGCCCUGGGCACAGACCCCGCCCCUGACACACAUGACCAGCCAAAGUUCUGAGCCUGGGAGGAGGCUCAGCACAGAGGGAGGAAGGACAGCAGAGCUGACUCGUCGGAGCAGCUGUGCUCGGAGCGUUCCUGGAGCUGAAGCUUUUCUGCACAGAGGACAGAGCAGGCAGCAGGGACCAUGGGGCCCCCCUUGGACUCUCCCGGCGGACGGCGAGUCCCCUGGCAGGGGCUCCUGCUCACAGUCUCACUUUUAACCUUCUGGAACCCGCCCGCCGCUGCCCAACUCUCUGUGGAAUCCGUGCCGCUCAAUGCUGUGGAAGGAAAGAACGUUCUUCUAGUCAUCCACAAUGUGCCACAGGAUACUUAUGGCUACAGCUGGUACAAAGGGGACAGGGUGGACAGCAGCUAUCAAAUUAUAUCAUAUGUAACAGUCAGUCAAGCAAUCAGCACGGGGCCUGCAUACAGUGGUCGAGAGACAGUUUACCCCAACGGAUCCCUGCUGUUCCAGCACGUCACCCUGAAGGACACAGGGUACUACACUCUACAAGUUACAGGGAAAAAUCUUCAAAAUGAAGAAGUGACUGGACAGUUCCACGUGUUUCCGGAGUUACCCAAACCCUCCAUCACAAGCAACAGCUCCAGCCCCGUGGAGGAUGAGGACUCCGUAGCAUUAACCUGUGAACCUGAGACUCAGGACACCACCUACCUGUGGUGGAAAGACGGCCAGAGGCUCCAAGACAAUGACAGGCUGGUGAUGUCCCUGGACAACAGGACCCUCAUUUUACUCAAUAUCACAAGGAAUGACACAGGAUCCUAUCAGUGUGAAAACAGGAACCCAGUGAGUGGCAGCCGCAGUGACCCAGUCAACCUGAAUGUGCUCUAUGGCCCCGACGUCCCCACCAUUUCCCCCCCAGACUCCUACUACCCUCCAGGUGCAAACCUCCACCUUACCUGCCACGCGGCCUCUAACCCGCCUGCACAGUAUUCCUGGCUUAUCAAUGGGAGUCUCCAGCCACCCACACAAGAGCUCUUCGUCCCCAAUGUUACUGUGAAUAAUAGCGGAUCCUAUGCCUGUGUCGCCCACAACUUUGCAACUGGCCGCAAUAGGACCACAGUCAAGAAUAUCACAGUUUCCGAGCCACAGCCAGUGGCACAGCCCUCCAUCCAGGCCAGCAGCAGCACAGUCACGGAGGACAAGGACUCUGUGGUCCUGACCUGCCUCACAAAUGACACUGGAAUCUCCAUCCGGUGGAUCUUCAACGACCAAAGUCUGCAGGUGACAGAGAGGAUGCAGCUGUCCCAGGGCAACAUCAGUCUCAGCAUAAACCCUGUCGAGAGGGGGGAUGCCGGGGAGUAUCAGUGUGAGGUCUCCAACCCAGUCAGUCACUACCGAAGUGACAUCUUCAGGCUGACCGUGGAACCAAAAGAAAACGCCCCGGGUGUCCCCGUGGGGGCCAUCGCUGGCAUCGUGAUCGGGGUCCUGGCCUUUGUGGCUCUGGUGGCUGCCCUGGGGUGUGUCCUGUUCCUCAGAAGGACUAGAAGGGCCAAUGGCCAGCGUGACCUCAGGGAGCAGCAGCCCCCCAAGUCCAUCAGCGGCCCUACUGCCUCCAACCGCCACACGCCCUCGGUCCCCCAACCUGACCCCAGGACAGCCAGCCACACCUAUGAGAAUUAUUCCCAGAAAGGAGAGGAGACGGGAGAUGGACGUUCUCAUACACUCCUGCAGACUGCUGUUGACCAGUGUCCACUUCUGAGAGCGUCCCCGAGCUGGGACUCUGAGAAGGCAGGACUGCGCCUGUGCUGCCUCUGCUCAAGCCAGCGACCAGCCCCCAGCCUGGCACAGGGUGUCCCAUAAAAGCAUGUGGAAUGAGUGAGAUCCAGGAUCCACACUGCACACGGGAGAGACAGGUACGAGGAUGGUCACUGCAGCAUGGCCUGUCAGUGCCACCAGGGAGAAGCAGCCUCAAGCCCGCAGAGGCAUGUGGGUAGAGCAUCAGAGUGUAGCCAUGCAGUGGAAUAGUGGGGACCAGUGAAACACAUGAUUGGAGCAAAUCCUCAUGUACUAAGGAAGCAUGUUUUUGUAAAAUAAUGUUACCAAGCAAUAAUAUAAUUCAAUAAUGUUUGGCUACAAAAACUAUGAGUGGGACAAAUGAGAAAGUGUAGGAGGAUUCACACCAGCUGCAAACAGUGCUCACAGCCUGGAAACUGAGCUGGGGCAGAGGCGGAGUUCGGGGUCUAGACACCGUAUUGCACAUGUUUGCAUUGCUGGAAUUUACAGCAAACAUGCUUUCCUAUGUGAUUUCUCUAACAACAGAUGAAGCCAUUUGAAAUGACCCAGGAAGAGUGUGACAUCCUCAGGGCUCAGAGCCCAGACCUCCAUCCUACCCCCGCACUGCUGAGUCCCCUCUGAUACCCUCAGAGCAAACAGCCCCUUAGGUGAUGUGACGGGAACAUGACGGCCACUCUCUGAGCCAGAAGAACAUGGCCAAGGUGCCACUGCAGGGAAAGGCCUCAUGCCCAUGUCACCCUUGAACUCUCUGUGCCCCAGGAAGAUCCAGGGGGUCCUAAGGUGGCCUGGCCCUGCCCUGCAGAAAGAGGCCAUUGUCCAUGUCUGCCCAGUGGUCAGUGGCCAGAGCACUAAUCCGAACCCUGAUCUUUGCCUGGUGCAGGACCCAAAAGGUCCUGAGCCCUGACAUGGUCACUGUGCCUCAUUCCUGAUGGAACUGUCUAUGGCUCCCACUGUCUGCAGGACCCGAACCCCACCCCCACCCUGCAGGUGCCUCUGGGUACUCGUUGGCCGCACAGCAUCCUGCCCCAGUGAUAAUUGUGCCCUGAGUCCUCAACAUCCCCACUGAGCUUAUUCCGGAGAUAAGCGUUGGCAGACCUCAUGCAUGCCAAUGGCUGUGGCCCGAUUUAAAAGUAAUUACAAGAAAUGUGGGUCCAGCAUGGUGGC